AUGGUCUACAACGGAGACGAGGUGUCGGCUGUGGUCGUCGACUUUGGCUCUCACACCACGCGCGGUGGCUUUGCUGGCGAGGAUGGGCCACGUGUCGUUACACCGUCGUUCUACGGCUACAUGAACGUCGAGGAAGACGCACCACCCGCCACGAACGGCGACGGCAACGGCAACGGCGGCGACGACGACCCGAUGGACGGCAGCACCGAGAAGAAGGAGAAGAAGGGCAAGCGCAAGUUCUUUUUCGGCGACGACGGCGUUAGCGUGUGGCGCAAGGACAUGGAGAUCGGAAGCUUCAUGGUGGAUGGCAUCGUGAACGACGCCGAGGCAGCCGGCCAGAUGCUCUCCUACGUUCUGCGGAGCCGGAUGGGCGUUGACCCAACCGAGCACCCACUCAUGCUGACCGAGCCGGCAUGGAGCACGCCUGCCUCGCGCGAGACGCUCGCGCAGCUCGCCUUUGAGGGCGAGGGCGUUCCCGCGAUGUACUUUGGCUCGUCGGGUGUCCUCUCCGCCUUUGCGGCAGGCAAGCCGACCGCGCUCGUUCUCGAUGUCGGAUACGCCAACUCGUCUGCGGUUCCCGUCGUGGAGGGAUACGCCCUGCGUGCAGGCACAAUGCGCCAGCCGCUCGCAUCGAGCCUCGUCCUCGCCCAGCUCCAUCACCAUUUCCAGACACCGACGCCGACACGCGCGUUCCCCCUCUCACUGUUGCCGCGCCAGCUCAUCGCGCGGCGCGACACGUCAGUCGACCCCGGCACGCAGCCUCACCCUGGCCUCCGCGAGGAUCGAGGGGAGGGCACGACCGCGUCAUGGCGCGCAUGGGCUGAACAGGGCGUGGUCGAGAACUGGAAGGAGGCGUGUUCCGAGCUCGUCAGCGCGCGCGGCUUUGACAUUAGGACCGCCACCAACCUCCCCCAGGUCCUGUACGAGUUCCCUGACGGGUACCAGCAGUACUUUGGCGAGGAACGGUAUCGCUUCACCGAGAUGCUCUACGACCCCAAGAACUACUUUGACCAGUCCUACGAGCCUCCUGCACUGCUGCGCGCCACGCCGUCGAGCGACCACUCACACUCGCUCAAGGACGCUGUGUCACUCUCGCAGCUCGUGCACGACAGUAUCAUGGCGUGCGAUGUGGACGUGCGCGCGGCGCUGCUGCAGAACAUUGUCGUCGUCGGCAACACGAGUCUGACGCGUGGUCUGACUGAGCGACUGGAUGUCGAGCUCGCAACCCUCAUGCCCAGUCAAAAAAUCAAGAUCCACUCACCCUCGAUCCCAUAUGAGCGCAAGUACUCGGCGUGGCUCGGCGGCUCGGUGCUCGCGUCGCUCGGCACCUUCCACCAGCUCUGGGUUACAAAGGACGAGUACGAAGAGCACGGCAUGAACAUUGUGCACCAGCGGUGCAAUCCCAUCUCCAUCACGAGCAUGUCGGCGCCGUCCUCACGGGCGACCACGCCCUCCCCCGACUCCCCCUCUCCCUCCUCGUCAUCCGUUUCCCUUGCCGAUAUCUCGGCAUCUGACGCCCCUCCAACGACUGCACCCUCGUUGCCCACGACUGCACCCUCGUUGCCCACGACAGCACCCUCAUUGCCCACGACACCGUCCCGCGCCCGCGCCGUCCCCAUCUACUCUCCCCUCGCCGCGACAGCCAACACGCCUCCCCGUCCCCCGAGAAUGUACACGAUCCAUCCAUUCUUUGUUCGCCGCGCCGCACCGACGCCGCACCAGCCCCGCUGCGUCGCCGAUUACACGAGUACAAGCGAGAGCGGGUCGAGCUUUAGCGGGACCGACUUGAGCCUCAGCUCUCCAAGCUCUCCUCUGGACGCUCUGGGCGCGCGCUCCCCACGGCAGUCACAGCCGUCGCCUAUAGCCUCCACCCAGUCACAGCCGUCGCCUAUACCCUCCACCCGCGUGUUGCCGCCCGCGCCCCCGGCCCCGGAAGACGCAACGGCGCGGCGCGCACACAUCCUCGCAACCGCCAUAAAUGCCCGCAAAGCUGCGCGCGCGGCUGCGGCCAUCAGUCCGAGUAAAGGCGCUGACGAGAUCACGGAGGCGAUUGCGGGCUUGGACCUCAACGCUGGUGCUGCGUCCAAGACCGUGGCCGUUGACGGCGAGGACGUGUUUACCGACUCUGGGCCGGCUGAGACGGACGCGCCAAAUACCAAGACUGGGUCAAGAUCAAGAUCAGUUAAUCCCCUCAACCUGCCCUACUUCUCCCUGUCGCGCCCGCUCGCAGGACACUUUGACCGCCCCCCAAAUGUCGUGUAUACGCGCGACGCCUCGGAGGCGGACGACCUCAUCGCGUGUCUCCGCGGCCCACUCGGCUUUGACCUCGAGUGGCCUCCGCCCGGUAUUGGGCCGGUGCUAAGGCGUCAAAACCAAGAUGGGAGCAUCAAGCACUACCGCGCGGGCAAGUGGGAUCCGCUGGCGAACAAGUACGUCUGGCCACAGGGACGUACUGCCGUCGUGCAGGUUGCAGAUAGCCGUACAGUUGUCGUCUAUCAUAUUCCCAUAGACGGCGUGUUUGGACCAGGACUCAAGGCCGUGCUGAACGAUCCUACGCGCCUCAAACUCGGCGUCAAUAUCAGCAUGGACGCGCGCAAGUUACACCGCGACGAGUUGAUCGAGAACACGUCUAGUCUACUGGAACUAUCGCACGUCGCGCGCCUCGUUGAUCCAGACGCGUGGACGCGCUCGGGCCGGCUCAUCUCCCUCGCACGGCUUACGCAGCAUUACCUCGGCGUACCACUCGACAAGAACGAGGGUAUUCGCGAGGGCGCAUGGAGUCAGGACCUCAAUUCCGUGCAGAUUGAGUACGCGGCCAACGACGCAUACGUCGGUGUAUUGAUCUAUAAUGCUAUGGUGCGGCGUGCUGAGGAGCGCGGAAUCACAGCCGACCUCGCAAUGCUCAAGAUGCAAGUUGCGAUUCCGCAGUUCAGCGCGCCGGCGGUCAAACUCGCCGAGAGUACGCGCAGGCAUCCAGCCGUCGUGGCGGCGACGCGGGCCGGUGCCAAGCCGCGACAGUCGCUCGCCCUCAGCCUCUUCGUGGCAGGCGGGAGCGUGAGUGACCUCGCGACAGCACUCCACAUUUCGACGCGGACGGUACAGGGAUACGUUGCGCAAGCGGCACAGCUCAUCCCGGCGGACGAGUAUGAGGGAUACGGCGAGCUGGCAGUCCGCCUGUGCGAGGCGUUCCCGAUCGACUCGUAUCCUGCCGUCCGGAAUGUCGAGUUCUUCAGGAAGCUGCGCGGCAUAGCGAGUGCGAGAGACAAGGCGGACCGCGUGCCUGUGCACGAUGUGCAGGAGCACGAAUGGGGUCCUGACUACUAG